AUGGGCAACGUGGAACAAGUACCUAACGGCGCGUUCAAGCUGCUCGAUAGCGUGAAUGACUACGAGGCGCUCGUCGCGCGAUACGACAAUUUCUUGUUUGUGCUUUGGUCGGGUCCCGACGUAUUGCCAGGCGUGCUCGAUGUGCUCUCAAAGUUGCGCGCGCGCGGGAAGCGUAUCUUGUUUGUCACAAACAAUGCAAGCAAGAGCCGCAGGAUGCUGCUGAAUCGGUUCCAAAAAGUUGGCAUUGAAGCCACUGAGGACGAGGUGUUUUCCUCCGCGUACGCUUCUGCGGUCUACUUGAAGCAGGUGCUCAAGUUUCCGACGGACAGGAAGGUGUUUGUGAUCGGCAUGUCGGGCAUAGAGGAGGAGCUUGACUGCGUCGGUGUGCAGCACAUUGGCGGCUCCCAGCCGUGCGAUGUGUCUGUGCAGGGAGUCGACUUUUCCGCGCUCCUGCAGCAAGACGUUUUUGAUGACUCUGUCGCGGCCGUCUUGUGCGGGAUUGACACACAGCUUAGCUACGUAAAGAUGGCUCUCGCGUUUCGCUACAUUACGCGUGCAGACGCAACAGAGCCCGUCAAGUCGGGCAUGCAAGGCGGCGGAUGCCACUUUCUUUGCACGAAUGGGGACGUCACCUUUCCCUCCAACGACGGGUUCUGGCCCGGUGCAGGUGCGUGCUGGGCGGGGUUGCGUGAUGCAUCAAAGCGCGAGCCUGUCGUUGUAGGCAAGCCGCACCAGCCUAUGAUUGACACAAUUUUCGCGAGCCACCGCGACUUUGACCGCGCUCGGACUAUUAUGGUCGGCGAUCGUUUGGACACUGAUAUCAAGUUUGGUGCAAAUGGCGGGCUGGAUACUUUGCUGGUGCUAACGGGCGUGACGACCAUGUCGGCGGUCACCGCACAAGAUGCGCCCGCCGUCCCGACCUACGUCGUCCAGAGCCUCGGCGAUAUGGACGUACUGCCAUAG